CCAUCGGAGCUUCCGAAGCAAACCGCACGCAGUCACACCAAACCUGCCAAACCCCAACGACAUCCUCUCUAUAAACGGCUAUCUCGCUGGCGCCCCGCCGCCUCCCCAUCCGCACCCUCUCCUCCCCCCGACUCCGAUCCCUCAUGGCCGCCGCUGCCGCCGCCAGUACCGCCGCCGCCGCGCUCGCCUCACCGGCGGCCCUCUCUGUGUCGCCGGCGCGCCGGGGCCUCGUCAGCUUCGCCGCCCCCGCGCUCCGUUCGGGCCCCGGCUCCCGCGCCGUCGCGCUCUCCGGUGUAACAACUCAUGUCGCGGCUGCUGAGCAAGCUGUUGUACCAGAUGCUACAAAGUUGGAAGCUCCUGUCGUUAUUGUUACUGGUGCUUCAAGGGGAAUCGGAAAAGCCACUGCAUUAGCUCUUGGAAAAGCAGGUUGCAAGGUCUUGGUGAAUUAUGCCCGAUCUUCAAAGGAGGCUGAAGAAGUUUCCAAGGAGAUUGAAGCAUCUGGAGGCGAGGCCAUUACCUUUGGCGGAGAUGUUUCCAAAGAAGCUGACGUUGAAUCUAUGAUAAAAACAGCAGUUGACACAUGGGGAACAAUUGAUGUACUGGUAAAUAAUGCAGGAAUCACACGGGACACAUUGUUGAUGAGGAUGAAGAAAUCACAGUGGCAAGAUGUAAUUGAUCUGAAUCUUACAGGUGUUUUCCUUUGCACACAGGCUGCAACAAAAGUAAUGAUGAAGAAAAAGAAGGGAAGAAUUAUCAACAUAGCAUCAGUUGUUGGUCUAACUGGCAAUGCUGGACAAGCUAAUUACGCUGCUGCUAAGGCUGGAGUUAUUGGGUUCACAAAAACAGUUGCUAGGGAAUAUGCAAGCCGGAAUAUUAAUGCAAAUGUUAUUGCUCCUGGUUUUAUUGCAUCAGAUAUGACUGCUGAACUUGGAGAAGAGCUCGAGAAGAAAAUUCUGUCAAAUAUUCCCUUAGGGAGAUACGGUAGGCCAGAGGAUGUAGCAGGUCUGGUGGAAUUCUUAGCCCUCAGCCCUGCUGCAAGCUACAUCACUGGACAGGUCCUCACCAUCGAUGGUGGGAUGGUAAUAACGGGGUUGGAUCUGAACAAAGAUCGCUGGCUCGGAAAAUUUCUGUGGACCCGGAAGUAUGAGAUGACGAGGCUUCCUGUUUAUCGCCCUCCCAAGGAAGCGCUCGAGGCUCUGUCAUCCGCCCUGGUUUCGCACCGUCCGGCUCACAUGGGAUGAACCAAACAACGAGGAAGCUCCAGCACCUUGUCCAAGCAGGCUUAUCAAGCAACAAGGUGAAGCCAAACAAGGUGCAGGAGCGGUGCGGUAACAUGGGAUGAUCUGAAUCGAGCAUAGACGUGGGAAAUCCUCUUUUCGACUAAUUGAUCAAGAAAGACCAUGCAAGAGGGAUCUAACUGUUGUAGCCGACUGCACAUUGAGUGAUUGAGUCUACUGGUGCUUCAGUCCAAGUGCUCAACCUUGUUGCAUAACAUGGUCCAGUUUUUUGUUGGACUAUGGUUUUAUCCUACGAUUACUGGGGUUUCUAA